UUUGAGAAACAUGAAAGAAGUAUUUCAUCCUGUUUUAAGGACACAGCCGACUGGUGUGCGAGUCGUAUUUUUUUAAAAACAAAAUACAACGAAAUGCCACCUAAAUUCAGUUGCUGAAAAUGCUGGAAUGGGAAAUGAACGGUUUUAAUAAACACUGCUUAGUUUCCCAUGAGCUUGAACGUACGAAAGUUCGAAAUAGUUUGGUCUCGAUUAAAAUAAACAUAUUAAUACUUGCCCAGUUUUGGCGGGGGUGGGGGUGGAUGGGUCAGAGAUGAAUAGGUUAACUUUAUGAUCUUUCAACCGAUACCCUUACAAAAAAAAACGUAGAGACGUUACAUAAGGUAGUAUCUGACUGUGACCACUAUCAAUUGUUGUAAAAUAUUGCAAAUACGUGAAAAACCCAAAUCAUAUAAAGCUCUGAGAGAAGAAGACGCUUCAGUCUAAAACCCGCUGCGAUCUCAGUGGUGGAUAUGCUGUACACGGGGAGGGCUGACUUUCAGAUGACAUUGACGCUGUGUAGAUGAGAGUGGGGAUUUGUGCUUCAUGUAACGUCUCUGGCUGUUGAUGUUAGACGGCGGCACAAGGCGAAGCUGCUCCUACCUUGCUUUUUUUCCUUCCAGCACCACACGCGUCUGGACAGCACCACUCAAAAGGCACUUGGCUUCUUUUUUCCCCAAGGAUAGCGUUUUCCGCUGUUUGCAAACAUUUCAUGGAAACAACUUUCUUUUGUUGGUCCCGACAAAAUCACAAGUUUGGAACUUCAAGAGAAAUCAACUGAUGCUCCCAUCGUCUCAAUACUGACUGACUUCACAACAUUAUUGUCAACGUCAAUCCUGACCUGCAAGCUGUAUCAGCAUCUAUUAUUUUUUUCCCCAAUAUUUGGUCCCAAAGUUGGGUAAAGACCGCGAAGCUGCUGUCUACGUGGACUGGUGCUGAAAUCUCCCGUCCGUCUGCCAGGACCUCUGCUAAAUCCAGAGACAUGGCGACAAAUGGUACUAAAAGCUCGGAUGGACAUAUCUUAACUGAAGUUAACGAAGCGCCUACAACUAACGACAAACCCAAAACCUUGGUGGUGAAGGUCCAGAAGAAGAAAAAGGACAUUCCAGACAGAGAAACAUGGAGUGGGAAAUUUGACUUCCUCCUUUCUUGCGUUGGUUAUGCAAUUGGACUGGGCAAUGUUUGGAGAUUUCCUUAUCUCUGUGGAAAAAACGGUGGAGGAGCCUUCUUGAUUCCCUAUUUUUUGACCCUCAUAUUUGCUGGAGUUCCCUUGUUUCUGCUAGAAUGUUCUCUCGGUCAAUACACGUCUAUCGGCGGGCUUGGAGUCUGGAAACUCGCUCCCAUGUUCAAAGGUGUGGGCCUAGCUGCUGCUGUGCUGUCGUUCUGGCUUAACAUUUACUACAUUGUCAUUAUUGCCUGGGCAAUUUAUUACCUGUAUAACUCCUUUACCACAGACCUUCCAUGGAAAUCUUGUAACAACCCAUGGAAUACAGACAGAUGUUAUUCAAACUACAGCAUUGUAAAUACCACCAACCUGACCAGUGCAGUCAUGGAGUUCUGGGAACGCAACAUGCAUCAAAUGACAGACGGAUUGGAGAAGCCAGGCCAGAUUAGGUGGCCACUAGCAAUAACGCUUGCUAUUGCUUGGGUUCUUGUUUACUUCUGUAUCUGGAAAGGGGUGGGGUGGACUGGCAAGGUGGUUUACUUCUCAGCUACAUACCCUUAUGUUAUGCUUUUCAUUUUAUUUAUCCGUGGAGUCACUCUUCCCGGAGCAAAGGAGGGAAUCUUAUUCUACAUCACUCCCGAAUUUAGCAAACUUAAAGAAUCUGAGGUGUGGUUGGAUGCAGCAACUCAGAUUUUCUUUUCGUAUGGUUUGGGUCUUGGUUCUCUGAUUGCACUGGGGAGUUACAAUCCUUUCAAUAACAAUGUGUACAGGGACUCUAUCAUUGUGUGCUGUAUCAAUUCUUCUACCAGUAUGUUUGCUGGCUUUGUCAUCUUUUCUAUUGUUGGCUUCAUGGCACAUGUUACAAAGAGACCAAUAGCUGAUGUGGCUGCAUCAGGGCCCGGAUUGGCCUUCUUGGCUUACCCUGAAGCUGUGACACAGCUGCCGAUAUCUCCACUAUGGGCUAUUUUGUUCUUUUCCAUGUUACUUAUGCUUGGAAUUGACAGCCAGUUCUGUACAGUGGAAGGAUUCAUUACUGCUUUGGUAGAUGAGUUUCCACGUCUCCUGCGAGCUCGAAGGGAAAUCUUCAUUGCUGUGGUUUGCCUUGUGUCAUAUCUGAUUGGGUUAUCAAACAUCACUCAGGGUGGGAUCUACGUGUUUAAAUUAUUUGACUACUACUCAGCCAGUGGGAUGUGUCUGCUGUUUCUGGUCUUCUUUGAGUGCAUUUCCAUAUCCUGGUGCUAUGGUGUGAACAGGUUUUAUGACAACAUUCAAGAGAUGGUCGGAUACAGGCCGUGUUUAUGGUGGAAGCUGUGCUGGUCCGUCUUCACUCCUUUAAUUGUGGCUGGUGUGUUCCUCUUCAGUGCGGUGCAAAUGGUUCCACUCACCAUGAACAACUAUGUUUUCCCGUCAUGGGGACAAGGAGUAGGAUGGUGUAUGGCUUUGUCUUCCAUGGUGUUAAUCCCUGGCUAUAUGGGUUACAUGUUUCUCACACUAAAGGGCUCAUUAAAACAGCGUCUUCGAAUAAUGACUCAGCCUUCGGCAGACAUUAGGACUCAAGAGAAUGGACCCGAACAACAGACAGAGAGUACCAAUCCUACUAAUGAGGAAGCUUAUAUUUAAAUCCUGCUAAACAAAUGCUCACUUAAAUGCAGAAAAACGUAAUCAUGGUUGAACGUGACCAAGGACUUCCAUGUCUGAAAUAUAUUCACCUACCUCCAGGGGACAAAAUGUGACCAACCUGAUUACAAAAAUUGUUCUUUUUUAAUUUGUAAAAACUUACCCAGCAAUGUCCUAGUGAUAGUUUGUAUUGCAUAUGCAAAAUGUUAGACUGUUAGUGUUUCUAAAAUGUUAAACUGUAUCUACAGAAUCACUACAAUUUAAAUUACACUUGAAAAUUGAAUUUUAAUGUGUAAUAUAUCAAACCAGAGAAAACCGCAAGGCCCAAUGUGAUUAAAUACUAUUGAGCUAACGUUUCAACUAUUUUCAUGUAAUUAUGCUAUUAAGCAACAUAAUAUUGUUGUGAAAUUAAUCAUUAGAAUAGAUUAAAUAUGAUUGUACAAUAAUUAAAUAUAUAAAAAGAAGAUUAAUGUGUUUACGAGGCAGGUAAAUGCAAUAUGAAAAUUGUGUUCCGAAUUUCAAGAAUUAAAAGCAAUGAUUUUUAUGGGAAUGUGCAUCAGGCAAGGACAAAUUCUUGUGAUAGAUGUGUUACGUUUUGUAACCAACAUUUUUUUUUUUUUACAAAUUAUUCCUUGUUUUUUUAAAUAAACAAGCUGUUUUGUUCACCCACAGUCCUGGGACAAAUUAUGCAUAAGCACAUGCCCACUUGGGAUUCUAAAUGGCAAUUAUCAGAGCCCUUAAGGUAAUAACUCUUCUGUCACUAAACCAGAUUAAUGUUGCAACAGACUGUUACAAUUUUAUCUUAAUUUUCUAAAAAUCUUUGUAUGAGAUCGAACUCUUUUUUUUAGGAUUGUUGAAGUUUUCUACUUAUUCAAUUAAGUGAGAAGGACCAAAAUCAUUAAACACAUAAAGGCAUUUAUUCAUGUGUGACAUCUAGAUUUGAUGAGA